AUGGUCGUUUGCUGACAACAUGUAAACUUAUGUUGACGUGAAGAAAUUUAGUAUAUUUCACACACUUGAUAAAGUUCUGUAGAGAAAGUAGUUAAAUUUUCGAAGGUUCCUGAUUCUGUUGGCUUCAUUUGUGGAGAUCAUUUUGAAGUUUUUAUACCAUGGCCAUGUGACAUUCACCAAACCCCAAUGACUGAGUACUGCACUGUAGUGGGUUGAUACAAGAUCAUGGGUUCUGGGUCCAGCAUUCAGACUGGGAAGGAUUCUUCUGCUUCUUCUCCCUCCAAAACCAGUAAAACUGGUCAAAAGGAGACGAAGUCUGACUACAUUGUUGAACCCAAAGAUGUGAUGAUUAGCUACAGCCAUGCUGAUAAAGAUAUGAUGAACAAACUCAAAGAUGCAUUAGAGAAGCAUGGAAUAUCUGUAUGGGUAGACACAAUCGGUCUCAAGGCUGGUGUAGACUUUCUCAGUAAAAUAGGGCAAGCUAUUAUUGAUGCCAAGCUUUUCAUUUCUUUAUUAAGUGAAAAGUCUAUAGCGUCUAAGUACUGCCAGGAUGAAUUGGCUCUUGCCUAUAUCUCCAAUAAACCAAUCUUCCCAUGUGGUCUUAAGACUCCAGAAGAACUUUUCCCUUUGAUGGACACAGGAAUGAAACUUCAAUUAGCAAGAUUUGAAUGGAACUUAUUCACUGAAGAAGAUGCUUUUGAAAGCAAUUUUGAGAAACUUGCCAAUAAAAUGGAUGCAGAAAUAUCUAAAAUGAAUAUCGAAUCCCACGUGCCUCCAGCCGAUGAGGCAUCAUCAUCAUCCAAGCAGGCUGAACCAUCUGAUAAGGGAGACGGAAAUCCAGAAUCUCGUCAAAUACUGAAGCGUCAAGACAGCGUACGAAUGAACCAGAGAUUUGACAAAAACAUGAUGGGAAGAUUAGAUUCCUUUGGCAUAACGGUGAAGGAGGAGGACUUUUGGAGCCAACAUUACCCAGAUCGAAACCAAGUGGAAUGGAUUGAAUUCUCAGGAAAAUUCAAGCAGGAAUACAAGAGUAACAUUGACAAGCUGUUCUCAGAGGAGGACCAGACGAGGAUGGAGAUGAUGAUGAAGCAUGAAAUGGCUGUGGAGGAAGAUGGGAUUCUUCAUGUUGAAAAGUACAAAGAAUUCUGCACCAUAGAUAAGGAAUUGUUUUCAUUGUGGCAGCGAGUGCAAGACUAUGCCUUAGAGCACUUUGCCAUGAGAGAAGUAUUUAACAUGGAUUCUCAUGUCAGGGUGGAGGCAAUAGAAAAUUUAGGUAUUUUUGCAGAAAGUGCAUUUUAG